CGCAGGAGGAGCACCAGAGCCGGGGAAGCCUGACCCGGACACCAUGGAGCGGACAGGUGCGAUCACAGCGACUCUGGUGCUUCUGCUGCCACUGAUCUGCUGCUCAGGAGGGGAAACUCAGAAAUCUGCUGUCAGAGAAUAUUAUAUAGCAGCUGUAGAGAUCGGCUGGGACUACAUCUACCUGGAUGAAACUGACCCAGCGUCCGACCAAAGAUGGAGAUCCAAAGGCAUUCCUCAAAAAUACGUCAAGGCAGUUUACAGGGAAUAUACAGACUCCACAUACAGUGUCCCCAGGCCAAGACCAGCUUGGACAGGUAUUCAAGGCCCGAUGAUCGUUGCCCAGGCUGGUGAUAGAGUGGUGGUCCACUUCAAGAACCUGGCCUCUCAGCCCUACAGCAUCAGCCCCGUAGGAAUCACCUACUGGAAACAGUCAGAAGGAGCCGGUUAUGAUGACUCCACUGCAGGCCGGGAGAAGGAGGAUGAUGCCAUCUCUCCUGGAGGAUAUUACGAGUACGUUUGGGACAUCAACUAUAAAGACAGUCCCACCCCCAGUGACCCCGACUGUCUCACGUACUCAUACUCGUCCCAGGUGGAUACAGUCAGAGACGUCAACUCGGGACUCAUCGGUGCCCUGCUCAUCUGUAAACCAAGUGCCUUCACAGAUGGGCAGAGGAAAUAUCCGGCGUACGUCCUGCUGUUUGCAGUGUUCGAUGAGACAAAGAGCUGGUAUGGAGAGGUAGGCGAGAGGCAGAGCAGGGAGAAGUUCAAGAGGACUGAUGGCAGGAAGGAAUACCACACCAUCAAUGGAUAUGUCAACUCUACGUUACCUGGUUUGACAGUGUGUCAGGGCCGCAGUCCUGUGUUUUGGCACAUGAUUGGGGUGGGCACAUCUCCAGAAAUCCACUCCAUUCAGUUUCAAGACCACUCUUUGCAGGUAUUGAGCCAUCGUAAAGUGACAGUGGAGGUGACCCCUAUGACCUUCAUCACUGCGGAAAUGAGAGCCACCUCAGUAGGACGCUUUCCCAUCAGCUGUCAGAUAAAUUCUCAUCAUCAUGAUGGCAUGAACGCAGUGUUCAAUGUGGAGAAAUGCCCUGAGCCUGUCACUCCGCCGGUGCCUGACCUGCGUAAUGUCAAACACAAUUAUGACGACUACUAUGAUGAUUUGUUCAACUUUCAAACCAAGAAGCCACAAGUUCAAGUCAGAGCGAGCAGAGGACAACAGUCCAAAACCUGGGUGCAUUACAUCGCUGCUGAAGAGGUCACCUGGGACUAUGCUCCUCAUCUGGAACCCACAGACAGCAAUUUGCAGUCCAGAUAUCUGCCUGCUGUUCCCCAUCACCUCGACUACAAGUAUAAAAAGGUUGUGUAUGUGGAGUACACAGACGGAUCUUUUACUCAGAGGAAAAAUCCUGACAACACACUGCUGGGUCCAAUUCUGAAAGGAAAAGUUAAUGAUCAGUUGCAUAUCAUUUUUAGAAACCUGGCCAGUCGUCCUUUCAAUAUCUUCCCCAAUGGACUCACCAAGAUCAUUCCACUGCAGAAGACCACGAAUGCUGCAGAGCAGGACUUGCGCUCAAUGGGAGUUCCACCUAACGGGACGUUUGGCUACAUUUGGUCGCUAACAACAGAUGACGGGCCGUUGGAGGAAGAUCCUCCAUGUCUGACCCAAUUGUAUCAGAGCACUGUGUCCCUGGAGAAGGACUUGGCCUCUGGACUGGUGGGCACACUGCUCAUCUGCAAGUCUGACACCAUCGAUAUCAGAGGAAACCUGUUGGGAGCAGACAAGAAGUUCAGCCUUGUAUUUGCUGUGUUUGAUGAGAACAGAAGUUGGUACUUUGACGAAAACAUGCAGCAGUCCAACCAAAAGUCCUUCAACAUCACUGACCCUGAAUUCUAUAACUCAAAUGUCAUUUACAGUGUAAAUGGCAUCAUGUUCAGUCAGCGUCGGUUUGUGAUGUGUCAGACUGAUGUCCCCUUUUGGCAUGUAGCCAACGUGGGGGCCCAAAGUGAUUUCCUCUCUGUCUACUUCACCGGAAACCUAUUUCAGUACCAAGGCAGCUACCAGUCUGUCGUCACCCUCUUCCCAAUGACUGCUGUGACUGUUCCCAUGGAGACCGAGCUGAUUGGUGAGUGGGAGAUCAGUGCUUUUGACGGCAGCCUCAAGAGCCGAGGAAUGAGCAUCCGCUACACCGUUCGUCCCUGCAACAAUGAAGGUCUCCCUUUAGCUGAUCACGAUGAUGACGAUGAUGAUAUCUCCGACUAUAUUGAUGACUUGGAUUUUGGGCCAAGAGGCUUCAGACCUCAAAAUCGUACAAUGUUGGUUCGAGUGUGCAACAGUACUCAGUCAGUAAACACUUCUGGUCAAAAUGACACUCAAACUGAGGGGACUGGGGAAGCAUGUCAGCUAAGGAAAGUUACAGUAACAUCAGUGGAAGAGGGGAAGUCUCCGUUAGAGGAAGGAAUCCCUCAGGAUAUCUUGGAUGACAUAGAGAAAGAUGAUGAGUUGACAGCUCCUCAGAAUCAGACAGAACCCUUGGAAAACAGAGGCGGUAGACUGAGAAGACAGACAGAUGGAAACUGGACAAAUGGAGAUAUAAGUUCUGGAGCUUUUGAAGAUGCAGGAACUACAAUAACGACUGUAGUAGAAGUCACGGAAAAUAUUGCUGACAGUGAGGCUGAAGUGAAGAGUGAGGUAAUGAAUGAAAUGCCAAGUGAAAAGAAUGCAACUACAGUAGGACUUGAAGAGAGCAACGAGAUCUUACUGGACAGUGAACCACUGCUGAGUGAGGAGGUCUCAAUUGUAGAAUUAAGCAAUUUAGAAGACAUGGAUCAAAACUUAGUACCACAAAACAACGUUAAGAUUGAACAUGAGAAGCUUACAGAUGAUCCGAUGGCUCUGAAACCCAACUUCACUGCUACCAACACCAACACAACAAGGAUGGAUCUGUCUCUCGAGUAUGAUGACUACAAUCAGGAGAUGAACAGCACAUCAGAAAUAUUCGGCACUGAUUCCAUUGACCCUCGCUCUGGAGGCGGCCCCCAUGGCCACUUUUACUACAUUGCAGCAGAGGAGAUCACCUGGGACUAUGGCAUCAGAAAACCACAUCAGCUCAUUAAACCCAGAGAGAUGCGUCGAGGGAUGAGGAAGUUCCUGCCAGAGUACAAAAAGGUGGUGUUUCGAGCCUACGAAGAUGCACACUUCCUGAAACCUGUCAACAGAGGAGAGCUUGAGGAACACCUGGGGAUUAUGGGACCCUUCAUCAGAACCGAGAUUGAUGAUGUGCUCACUGUGAUAUUUAAGAACAAAGCACAGAGACCUUACUCUUUUCACCUUCACGGAGUCUAUGACCGCAGUCAGGGGGCCGGCAUUGCCCAAACCAGUUCUUCCUCUGCUCCACCAGGAGUACCAGGAGAACCUGUACCUCCUGGGGAAGCCCGGACAUAUAAUUGGAAAGUCACCCGAAAACAAGGACCCACUGACCCCAAAUUUGAUUGCAAGACCGGAGCUUACUACUCCACUGUGGACAAGGAGAGAGACCUUCACUCCGGUCUGAUCGGUCCACUGGUGAUCUGUAAGUCUGGUAAACUCAAGACUAAUCAGAACGCACAGCAAGACCUUCGGGAGUUUUCCCUUCUGUUCCACACCUUUGAUGAAACUAAAAGCUGGUACCUGGAGGAAAACCUGCAGCGUUACUGUGCCCCACCGUGCCAGGUCAACACAGAGGACCCCUGGUAUCACACCAGCAAUAUGUUUGCAGCUAUAAACGGCUAUGUGGCGGAGACUCUCCCUGGUUUAAGGGUUGCUCAGCGCCAGCUUGUCAGGUGGCACCUCCUGAAUGUAGGAAGCGACAGAGAGUACCACGCUGUGCACUUCCAUGGCUUGCCUUUUACGGUUCACGCUCAACAGGAACAUCGUAUGGGCGUCUACAGCCUCUUUCCUGGAGUAUUUGGCACAGUGGAGAUGAGUCCCCCCACGGUUGGCACAUGGCUGGUGGAAUGUUCAAUAGGAGACCACCAGCUGGCUGGCAUGAGGGCUAAACUGAUGGUCUAUAAUCCAGGGUGUGUCAUGCCGCUGGGAAUGAAAUCAGGGUGGAUCGAAGAUUCCCAGAUCACAGCAUCAGAUCAUAUAAAUAGCUGGGAGCCUCGGCUGGCGAGGCUGGAUCAGUCCGGUUAUAUCAAUGCCUGGAUGGGCAGAAACAACAAGUCAUGGAUACAGGUUGACCUUCAGAGGCCCACGCUGCUGCAUGGUCUGCUAACACAGGGAGUACGGUCUAAGCUGAGGGACCACUACAUCACAUUCUUCACUGUCUCCUACAGCCUGGACCAGGAGUCUUGGACCACUUACGUAGGAAAUAACACCAGGCAAACCAGUCGCUUUCAUGGCAACACGGACAGCUCCAGGGUGAAAGAAAACCGCUUCUUUCCGCCACUGGUGGCUCGCUACAUCAGGAUUCAUCCAUACCGAUUUGUGCAGAGGCCUGCUCUACGACUGGAGCUGCUGGGUUGCGACCUCAACAGCUGCUCAUUCCCUCUUGGACUCCAGAGACAGAUUAAUGACACCAGAUUUAAGGCCUCCUCGCAUUAUUCAUCUCUGCUGCAGAGCUGGAAGCCGAGCCUCGCCCGCCUCCAUCUGAAAGGCCGUGCCAACGCCUGGAGGCCAAAGAACAACAACCCCCACGAGUGGCUGCAGGUUGACUUGGAGAAAGUCCGGCGCAUCACAGGGGUCAUCACCCAAGGAGCUCGAUCACUGCUGACCCAAAUGAUGGUGACCGAGUUCUCAGUCACCGUCAGUCCUGAUGGACAGUCGUGGAGCAGCGUGUUAGAGGAGAACUCCCAAAGAGAAAAGAUCUUUAACGGAAACAACGAUCCAGAUGAGGAAGCCCUCAGUGUUUUCGAUCCUCCUCUGUUCGGCCGUUUCCUCCGAAUCCACCCACGGGGUUGGAUCAACGACAUCGCCCUGCGGCUGGAGGUGCUCGGCUGCGACACUCAGCAGGGAAUCUGAAACAGAAACCACCAGCAGCAUGAAGCAGUGUUUUAGUAGCAGUGAAGGAUUUCUAAAGUUUUUGUUUUGGAGUCAUGAGAAAUGAAAAAUUGUAAUGCAGAGCACUUGUUAAACUUUCUGAAGCUAUUUCUUCUACAACCACAACUUUGUUUACAUUUUCACUUUUUUUGUUUGUUUGCCAGUGCAUUGUGCUAUUUAAUCAUUUCCCAACUCUUGUUCAAAGAUUAUUUUUGUUGUAAAGGACAUUAUUAUAUUUGAGGUCAUUAAAAUGGAUGUAAUAUGUUGAUGUAUAAGAAUAUGUAGUUUUAAAAAGCCAGUUUUAGUUGAGUUACACAGUAUUUAUGUAUUUGCACACAGCUGUGCUAACUGCAAAGCUAACUUUAUGAAUGUAAGCCUGUGUAAAUAUUUCGGACUCAGAUGGAUGAAUAUAGUUUGACUGGUUGUUAUAUAUCAUUGGAGGAGAAUGUAUUUUUGUGCUUUAUUUGAGUUCUCAUAAACAAUUAUUUUAAUGGAA